AUGGCCAUGUGCAGUACGGGGGCUCCCCAGGGGACUGUAUUAGCACCGUUCCUGUUUAACAUCUACACCUCGGAUUUCAGAUACAACUCUGGCACAUGCCAUCUGCAGAAAUUCUCCGAUGACACGGCCAUCCUCAACAUCAGUAAGACAAAGGAGAUGGUGGUGGACUUCAGGAAACUCAGUCCUCCCCUGGCACCAGUCACUAUCAAUGGAGAAGAAGUGGAGGUGGUUGACACUUACAAGUACCUGGGUGUGCACUUGGACAACAAACUGGACUGGAGUUUUAACACCUGUGCAGUGUUCAAGAAAGGACAGAGUCGCUUGUACUUUCUGAGGAAACUGAGGUCCUUUGGAAUAAACAAACUGAUUAAGAAGGCUGGCUCUGUUGUUGGAGUCAAAUUGGACACUCUGGAAGAAGUAGCAAAAAAACGGACACUCAAUAAGCUGCUUUCUAUUAUGGACAAAACAUCACACCCCCUGCACACUACAGUGGAGAAACAGAGGAGCACGUUCAGUGGUAGACUGAUACAGCUGCGCUGUGCUAAAGAGCGCCGUGUGAGAUCUUUCCCUCCCACUGCAUUUCACAUUCCAUACUGUCAGAGGUUCCGUGUCCGGCGGCAUGUUUAUCAGACUGUAGAUGAGGGAGGUGAAAGCGAGUGGGUGCUGGAGGGUGAGGUUACCCCCGUGGUGUCCUCAUGGACUGAGGAGAGGUGUGAGGAAUUAUGGGAUCGAGUGGAGGGUGUGAGGCACAAACUGACCCGAAUUCUAAACCCAGCUAAACUGACACCGUAUCUGCGCCAGUGUAAAGUCAUCGACGAGCAGGAUGAGGACGAAGUGCUCAACUCCACUCAGCUCCCUCUACGCAUUAGUAAAGCUGGUCGUUUACUGGAUAUUCUAAGAGGGCGUGGCCCACGUGGACUGCAGGCUUUCAUGGAAUCUCUGGAGUUCUACCAUCCUGAACAGUACACGCAACUAACGGGCCAACGGGCCACACAGCGCUGCUCCAUGAUGCUUGAUGAGGAAGGUCCUGAAGGUCUAACCCAGUUCCUGCUGCUGGAGGUGAGAAAGUUGCGAGAGCAGCUGCGUAACAGUCGCAUGUGUGAGCGGCGUCUCUCUCAGCGGUGUCGUGUGGCCGAGGACGAACGGAGUCGAGCAGAAAGAAAAAAUCAGGAUUUUAAACAAGAACUGAGUCAACAGGAGAGGCUUAAACUGGACUGGGAAGCAGGAUCGAGGGAAUUAGGCAGGUUGAAGGAACGAUUAUUGGAGCAGGCAGUGAAGUAUUCACGAGCUCUAGAGGAACAACGUAAAUCCUCCAACCACGAGAGAGACUUACUCACACAGGUGGAGCAGCUGAAGAACAGACUGGCAGAAGUGGAGAAAAGCACUAACAGUGACUCCAACCACUCAAAGUCUCCCAGAAGUACGAGUGGAACAUGCACCCGUGCCGAGGGAUUAAAUGGACUAGGCACAGACAGCACCUCUGCUGGUCAGGUGGCAGCACUGCAGCGCUCAGACACCCUGAAUGGGCGCAUUAGUGAAACUCGGGCUCUGCUGGAUAUUCUGAAGCAGGAUCAGAGGGAAGCGGCAGAGCAGAGGCAUGAACUCUGUACCAGCAUCCUCAGCCUGCAGGGGGAGCUGGAAAGUGCCGAGGCCAGUAAAAAAAAGUUGGAGUCUCAGUGUGAGCAGUUACAGGUAAAGCUGAGGACGCUGCAGUUGGACUGGGAGGCCGAGCAUAAGAGAAGUUUAUCUUACUUUAACCAGAUCAUGGAACUGGAAAGAGAGAGAAAUCAGGCUCUGCGCAGUAGAGACAGUCUGCAGCUGGAGUUCACCGACUGCCUCCUGGAUAAGAACCGCCUGCGCAAACGUAUCACCGAGCUGCAGGGUGACGUGGAGCGGUUACAGAUAGAACUGGAUAAAGAGAAGGAGAAGAACCAACAGCAGGAGUUUACUCAUUCACAGUCAUGCAGUCAUGGAUCAUUUCUGUCCUUGAUCAGUGAGGAACGUUGCUUUGGACCCUGCUGUUCACUCAGUUUGACCCCCUACGAUCGGUCCAACCAGGUACUGCAGAAGUCCCUCUCUAACAGUCAGAACAGUGAACAUGCAGAAGAUCUCCAAUACACCUCAGAGGAAGACUUGUUCAGUCCGGUGUGCGGCAAUGCUAAGGAGAUAAACAGACUUUCAACUUUCCCGUUUCCUCCCUGCAUUAACUCCAUCAACCGCAGAGUCAACACUGAGUUUGAUCUGGACUCAUGGGGUAGUGAUGAAACCAGCAACAUCACAGAUACUGAAUCAUCGACAUCUCUACACUCCCAUCUCUUCUUUCCUGAUUCACCUGCUACAAACACCAAACGCACACCUGAAUCAAAUCUCUCGCCUCCCACCCCACCCAAAAACAGCAGCCUGGCUGAUGACAUCACCAUCAUCGGGGGUAACCGUACAGGUAUAUUUGUACAGACGGUGAGGGCGGGGUCAGUGGCGGAGAGGUGUGGUCUCACAGAGGGGACUGAGCUAAUCCAGCUGGAGCAGGAGAUGUUUUCGGGAGGGGGUGUGGAUAUGACUCAGUGUACAGCAGAAGUGGCACACUUCACCAUGCAGUGGUGGAACGAACCAGCUGCACUUAAACACCGACCCAACCACAAAGGUUAUUCUGCUCUGAUCAGUGAGCUCUCCUCAGACUCCUUCACCGGCGCCGACUCCUUUUAUGUACGCGUGAACCUCGACCUCUGUUUCCGUGAUCAGCCAGGUCUGAGUGUCGGCUGUAAUGACGUCCUGCACGUAACCGACACCAGAUACAACGGCAAGUACCAGUGGCGCUGCAGCCGUGUGGACGUACAGUCUGGUAAAGCGCUGCAGAAGGGAGCUGUACCCAACUACAACAGGGCGCAGCAGUUACUGUUGGUAAAUUUACGCAGUAAGAAGAAAUUUGGUAGGAAGUUUUGUGAGAGGGUUCGACUGGUGAAACCCAUCACUGCUAAAUAUAGUGGUGUUGGCUCCUCCCACCCAGUCCUCUACACACUCAGUAACCGUAAUGAGGAACAUCCAAUACCGUACAGUCUGGUACAGCCGGUGCAUGUGGACAGUAAAAGGCCGGUUAUCUUCUCUCCAUCUGUUCUGUCUCGGGGUCUCAUAGAGCGAUUACUGCAACCUGCAGAUUCAGGACUGUAUUUUAAUACCUGUCAACCAGAACCGAUAGCAGUGAGUGAGCGUGAUGAUAAGAGUGUGUUCAUGUUGGAUCACACACACACUUCAGAUCACACACUCGGCAUCAGACUGCAAAGUAUACAGGAAGUUAUUGACCAGGAUAAACACUGUUUGCUGCAGUUGAGUGUGAGCAAUGUUGAAGUGCUGUUAAAGGAGGGCGUGUAUCCCAUCAUCAUCCACAUUAUACCCAAAGAUAAGAAGGGCAGGAAGUUCCGGAAGCUGUUGGGGUGUUUUGGAGACAGGAACGUGAUGGAGGUGAUGCAGGUGGAGUCGGUACAGUUGGAGAUGUUACCACUGAUGUUCACCACACUGCAGCCUAAUGACUGGAGCUGCACUAAUGAGCUUAUCAACACUGUACGCACCACCAUACACACCCAACAGGGGGCGCUGGUCUGGCUGGAAAUGGACCGGAUUCAGUAA